UCCGGGGCUCCGGCGAGCGCCCGCCGCUGCCUGGCUGGGCGCUGGAUGCCGCACCGGAGGGGCUCCGCCGUGGGGACUGUCCCGCGGUACAUGGGAUGAAGGGAGCCUGACACGUGUGCGCAGAGGAGACCCCGGCCGCUGUGGAGCUGCCCACCAUGAGCAGGACGCUGCUGGCAGGCAGGAUGCAGCCAGAGAUCCGGAGCGUCUGCGUCUUCCUGCCCACCCGCGAGCAGCUCAGCCUGGCUGUCGGGGUCAAAGCCACUGGACAGGAGCUCUUUCAGCAAGUUUGUGAUUUAGUGAAGAUUAAAGAGCCUCACUUCUUUGGCCUCAGCAUUGUUAAAAAUAAUGAAUAUGUUUUUAUAGACCUGGAGCAGAAGCUUAGCAAAUACUUUUCAAAGGAAUGGAAGAAAGAAACCACCAAGGGGACAGAGAAAUUCAGCCCUCCAUUUGUUGCGUUCUUUAGAGUACAAUACUAUGUAGAAAAUGGAAGAGUAAUAAGCGAUAAGGUGGCACGGCAGCUCUACUACUGCCAUCUCAAAGAGCAAGUACUUAUGUCUCAUUGCAACCACAAAGAAGAAAUCUACUUCUUGCUGGCUGCCUACAGCUUACAGGCAGACUUGGGCAACUACAGAGAGAAGGUCCAUGCUGGCAAAUAUUUUGAACCUCAGGCUUAUUUCCCACAAUGGAGAUCAGGCAGACGGGUAGAAUAUCACCCUGGAGGUCCCUCAGGAGGUAUCUUUUGUCUUUCCACUGGAUGUAGGUGCACGUUCCUGCGCUCACUCAUCAGUGAGAUAAUUGCAAAGAGGGGGAGCGACUACAUCUUGAAACAUGCCCCAGAGAUGCACCGAGAGCAGCAAGGGCUGAGCGCUAAGGAAGCAGUGCUGAAGUUCAUUAAGGAGUCCUGCCUGCUGGAAGACGUGCCCGUCCACUUCUACAGGCUGCAGAAGGAUAAGAAGGAGGAUCGACCGACGGUUAUCCUGGGCCUGACCCUGAGAGGAAUGCACAUCUAUCAGGAGGUGAAUCACGUUCGCCAGCUUCUCUACGACUUUCCCUGGUCACACAUCGGGAAGCUGGCCUUUCUGGGGAAAAAAUUUGAAAUCCAGCCAGAUGGUUUGCCCUCUGCACGUAAACUGGUUUACUACACGGGUUGCCCGUUCAGGUCACGCCAUUUGCUGCAACUCCUCAGCAACAGCCACCGGCUCUUUCUGAAUAUUCAGCCAGUUUUGAAGCAGAUCCAAAAACUGGAGGAGGCUGAAGAGAAGAAGCGCUACCGGGAGUCCUAUAUCAGUGACACUCUAGACAUGGACCUGGACCCGUGCGACAAGAACUCCCGCGGCAGCGGGAGCAGCGGCGGCAGCCGCAGGGAUAACCGCCUCUCGCGCCAGUCCACGGGGAGUCACGGCAGCUCCCACACCUCGGGCAUCGAGGCUGACUCCAGGCACCGCGUGUCCGUGGAAAUGUCGGUGGAUGAGCCCUUCGGCAUUGACCGGGUGCAUAGGAAAGAGAAAUCCUGCGGCUCAACCAUCAGCUACGGCAGCUCUGGCAUUGACAGUGGCAGCAAAGGACGCGCUGAAGAUGACGCUCAGGAUGAUGAGCUUGAGCUGGCAGUAGAUGAGCCAGAGGAGAUGCCUGUAGAUGAGCCUUUAGAGGGAGACCAGUUAGAGGAGGCCACUGUGGGAGAAUCUGUUGAAUCCCUGCCUCUAGAUGCUGCUAGCUGCCAAGCUGUAAAUCAGGAAUCUCUGUCUGUGGUGCAAGUCACACUAGUCAAAAUGAGAGGCCAAAGUGUGGAAUCCCUUCACCAGGUCAGAUCGCCCAAAAGCCGGAGCUGCAUGGACCAGCACAGCCAGAGUUUGGAUGACAUCCGCUUGUACAAGCGCCGGCACCCGUCACUGAGUGCCACGCUGUCUUCAGACACGUCCCACAGCUACACCUUCGGCUGCAGCCUCGAGGAUAAGCUGUCUGUCUACGGCUGCGUGUAUUCCACAGCGGACUGCAAAACCAAGUCUGCCCUUUACGGGAAGCGAUCCAUGAACUGCCUCUCCCUGGAUCUUCUGGGAGAGGACCAGCUCCCAGAGGAGUUUGUGGUAUAAUGAGAUUGGAGCUCUUCCAUGCCAAGGAACAGCUCAUCCUGGAAAUAUAUACCUCAUUAACACAUGUGAUGUCACUCUGGUUCUUGCAGGAGAUGGUGAGCGGCUUUGUUAUUCAGCUCCCUAUCAGUAAGUGGCAUCACUUCUGCAGACCUGGCUACAGGGCAAAUCAACUGAGUGUAGCACUUAACACUGGCAUGGGUAAUGUCUGUCUGAGCAGAAAAUGGAAGUGGCCUGCACCCUUGGCAGUGACACGACCAACAUAAGAACCAAAAAAACAGUGGACCAAAACUGACACUGAGCUAGUAAAGCAAACUGUGUCUAAAUGGGUUAAUCAGAAAUUUAAGGUCUGUCAUGUCCCUGCCUUUCUCUUGUGGUCCAUGUCUCUUAAUUUUAGUGUAUAGAUAGUUUGGUUGUCUUCAACAACAUUGCUGCAACAUUGCCGCAACAUUGCCAACAGCUGUCAGGCCAGAAUGUGCUCUUAGCACAUUUGGAGGGCUGUGUAUGGAAGUGUCUGGCCUGCUGCAGUGGUAGAGAGCACAAGUUGCUUAUCUGCUGCACUGGGAGCAAGACCUGCCUCCUUCUUCUGUUGUUGUUGUUUCGUUGUAAGCAUCCAGCCUAAUACAAUGUGUGGGGUUUUUUGUUUUGUUUUGUUUUCUUUAUUGCAACAAAUGGAACUGACAGUUAGCUGUCUACUACUGCUAUGAUGCAGAUUGGCAUUAUAUCUUUGGGGAGAUAGGGAGGAGAUAAAGCAAAUGACUUGGCUGCUUCUGAGAGUACAGAAGGCAAGAGCAUUAACUGACUGGCUUUUGAAGAGAGGAGUGUGACUGGAGAAUUUGUCCAGGCAUGAUCACCCCUUACUUUGAUUCAUACUUUAAUGUUGUUCUUUUCUUUGUUUUUAAUAAAUCUGUUUCUUAGAUUUUUUUUUCCCUCUGUUUAGGAGACAGGUAAGGACUGAAGAAAGUCACUUUGCAAUGACAGACAGUGACUGUGCCCUACUUAGUCAUGGAUAGGUCAUGCAAAUAUGUGUGUAUCGUGCUGCAGGGCUGGUGAUGGUGGAAGCAUAGGGUGUUUGUGUGCCAGACCAAGGGUACUUGUUUGGUGAUCUUGAGAGUGGUGGAUCUGGCUGGGCUGGCUCUCACUAGGGAAAUAAUCAUAAUUAUGCUGUUUGAUUCACGCAUUUGGUUUUGAAAACAUCCUGCUACCUUGUUACAUGCAAAUAAAUAUGUUUGAUUUCCUCCCCCCAUCCAUUCCCAGCAUUGGGAAGCUUUUACUUGAAGGCCCAGCUUUGUGCCCAGCUUUUGACAGCGAUCUAGGUGUGUUCUGGCAAACUCUAGAAGCAGAGAAAUACUAUUCCACUGGUUGGGGAAGUGUGUGUUGUGCAGUGUUGGUCAUCAAAAGCUGAAGAUAGCCUGAUUCGGGAAAGAAAGGAAACCAGACUAUGACAAGGAAGGUUUUAGGUGCUGUUUUCAUGGUGGGCUUACAAGCUCAGUAGUUGUCUGGUAAAUUGCAUUCCCAUAAGUCAUUAAAGUAGCAAAUCCAUGAAGUCCACCAUCUUGCUACUUCUGUGUGAGUGCGAUGUAGAGACAAGCCAUUCAGGUGCAUCUGCAUUUACUGAAGUGGGACCAGCUGCUGCAUCCUCAGAGAUGAAUCCAGCACCAAACCCAAGCUGCAUGCACUGUAGCCACAACUUAAUUGACUGUGCCCUCUUUGAUCACACUGUUCUUUCUGUAUGUAAUGAACAAUUAGGAGCUGUGUGUUCACUGUAGCCUCUUUCCCUUUGUUCCAAACAAUGCCAAAAUGCCUUUGCAAAGUACUUGAGGUAUGUUUACUGCAUCCUAAAAAAAUUCUUCUAAAUGGAUCUAAAUGGGUAAAGGAAAUCAAGCCUCCCACUGUCAGUCACUCCCUGUUACCUGGGUCCUGUUUGGCUGUAUGCCAUGGGAGAUGGGCAGGGCCAGGUUCCAGGAGGCCAGUGGCUGUACUACAGGGAGCAGCCUUGCAACAGUGCAGGAACCUUGCUCUUGCAGCCACCAUGGUGCUGGAGGGAUGGCUCUUACUGCAGCGCUGCUUGUCCAUGAAAAAGCUGCAGGGGAGGUCUGGAGUGAGGGCCCCGCUAACCUGUUGCUCUCCCACCCAUGCAGAUGUAGAAUUACUUGUGGUUCUGGGAAUGGUUGUUAACAAGAAAAAAAUGUCAAAAUUCAGUGGGUAUAGUUGUUUGGAAAAGCAUUAUAAAAUGCACAUGCACCAUGUGCACACUUCUCUCAAAGACAAUCACAACCAUAAUCUGCUUCAGCCUAACCACAUCACGGAAGUGUUUAUUGCCACCAGGCAGCUCUCUCUUCUGGUUUUGCAGUUAGCAGGCAUCCAAAGGAUUUGGUGAAGUGCUGUAAUCCUGCUGCCACCACUUACAAAAUACACCAAUGCCUGAAAACAGUGUAACUGACUCUUGCAUGAGCAUCCACUGCCUUGUACAUUCCUGGGGGAUUCUUGUAUUUAUUCAUGGCUGGUAGGGAAGGCCAACUCUACAGGUCUGACCAUCUUCUCUCCGUGGUCUGUGCAGCUCCCUCUGGUACUGUACGUGACAUGUGCAUAUGAAGGGGAGACCAGACACUUUUGUGUAUGGACUGAGAAUGAAUAUCUUACGAGCACUGUGAAUAUCUAUUAUGCAACUUUUGUAUUCAUAUUAAAAAAAAAAAAACAAAAAAAAACCCAAAAAA